GAGCGAUGUUGCCAGGAUCUAUUCAGAUCUCUGGGGAGACUUUAUCCAGUGCGGAGAUUCGGGAUAUUUGUGAGAGCUUGCGAGAGAACUCCAUCAAACUGCUUUCCCUCCGUGGUUGUCAACUUUCUGAUCGAGAUUUCGGCCGCAUCUGCAAGGGGGUAGCAGAGUCUCAUUCCCUGGCUCAACUUAAUCUUAACUUGGGGAUUGUUUCCAAUAUCAAUCGGGUCAAGCAAUUGGCUGAAGCUCUGAAGACAAACCGCUCUGUCCAAUCUUUGUUCCUUCAUGGGAGUCCUCUGACAGAUGCUGGUCUGGCCAUUCUCAACCCAGCUUUAUCCAUCCAUCCCUCCCUUGUGGCCUUGGACUUGGGGGACUGCAUGCUGGGAGAUGAAGGUAUCAACUUGAUUUGUGGCCUUCUUCCUCCUGAUGGGGCCAAGUCAGGAUUGAAGGAACUGACUCUGAGUGCAAAUUCUGGCAUCACCCCCAAGGGAUGGGGACGUCUGGCUAUUGCAGUGGCUCAUAGUUCCCAGGUGCGAGUGCUGAACUUGGACUACAAUCCCCUGGGUGACCAGAUAGCAGCAAUGCUGGCUGUUUCAGUGGCAUCCAGCCGCACCUUAGAAGUUUUAGACUUGGAAGGGACAGGACUUACCAACCAGUCAGCUAUGAUCCUAUUGGACAUGGUGGAAAACUAUCCAACAGCUCUGAGGACAUUGAUCCUGGCAGAGAACAACAUUAGUCCUGAACUACAGCAGCAAAUCUCAGACCUUCUUUCAGAGGGGGAGGAAGAAGAUGAGACUGUGUCCCAUGAAGUGAUGGCCAGAGAGAAGAAUUCCUGGAUCUGUCAAAGCAAUUCUAGUUCCCAGAUGGUCUUGGUAACAUCAGGCCUUGGAGAAAGUCUAUUAGCGGAAACAGAGAUGUGAACAGAAUGUCUGAUGAGAAAAGUAUUUCCAUGUACUGUAUUUGGAAAGAUCAUAUAUUGGUAGAAAUGUGUAUUUUCACACAUCUUGUGUAAUGUCUACUGUGCUUCUGAAAUUUGUGUGUGCACUAAGC